CUUUUUUUUCUCCUCUUUGCCUUGCACCUUUUUUUUUUCGCCCCACAUUCCUCUUCCCCUUUCCAAACCAGUCAUGUCCAAUUCUGGAUCGACAGGAUCCUACACCGAUUCAACGGGCUUUACUGGGCUAUUAGGGGAUACGCUGCAAAUUCCAGGCUACCAUUUUAAAGCAGCACCUACACCUAGUCUAGCUCAUGGCGAGAACAUUGAUAUCGUUUAUGGCUACAAAAUUACCAACAAAAAGCCCGUGGUGGCCAAAGUAUCACCGAGUUCGCUACGUCUUGAAAGAGAGUUUUAUAUCAUGAAGCGACUCUACAAUAUGCCGGAUGGCCCCUCUUUUCUCGUACGACCUCUCGAAUACAUCAAUUUGCCCAGCGGAAUCACCGUCGUUAUUUACGCUGACGAAGGACAAAAUUAUCUCGAUCGUCGGCGAUCUUCGGACGAUACACGACACGCCGGCAGUGAACGAUCGUCUUCGGCUGGAAGUAGCGUUGCUCACGAUCUUAGCGAAUCAAAUUUAUUCUUGUCAAGCGAAGCUCGUCGACGUUAUCGUCUCCAUACCCACGACGCAUGCGAAGUGUAUUCACAGGGCUUACCCGCGGGACUCCCAGCUUCCGAACCGGCCUACGAUCUCGGUACCUUUUUACGUUUCGCUAUCAAAUGCACCGAUUGCUUGGAAUUCAUUCAUCGACACAAUAUCGUUCACGGCGAAAUUCGUCUUUCAGCAUUUCAAUGGGCAGGCGACGAUGGCAACCGAGUGAAAUUGUGGAACUUUGGUUCCAGCAGUAAAUCCUUGGAAACCUACCUUACCAGUGAAGGAUGGCGUAAAACGGUCAUGAACAAGGAAUCCAUGGAUCUGCUGAGGAACUUGCUCGUAUUUAUGAGUCCCGAACAAACCGGCCGUACCACUUACGUUCCUGAUCAUCGAUCGGAUAUCUAUUCAUUGGGUGUUGUGUUCUUUGUUCUAAUGACGGGUCGUAAUCCAUUCGAUGGAGGACCGCUCGAAAUACUCAAUGGUAUUCUCAGUCGAAAGAUUCCUCUUGUACAUGAAAUUCAAAUGGAUGUGCCUGAAAUCAUCUCUCGCAUCCUCGAGAAAAUGACGAGCAAGUCACCUGAUGAUCGAUACAGCAGUGCAUUUGGUGUUCGUGCCGACUUGAAAGAAUGUCUUAGACGUUUAAAGAACACUUCCGAUACGUCCUUGGAUACUAUUGCUCCCUUCCCUUUGGCAGAACAUGAUAUCGCCUCUGUAUUUACCCUUCCCAAGACCAUUUACGGUCGUCAGAGCGUUGUCGUGGAAAUGACUUACAUUAUUCAACGGGUUGCCGGUCUUUAUAAAUCCAUGCGGUAUCGACGCGAACGGUCACAAGCCGCCGUGUCCUCUACGCUCCCGACCAGCGAUGUCACAGGCAGCAAUGCCAGCGCCACCGAAUCCAUGAGCGACAUGUCUUCUUCCCAUGAGGUGGCCAGUAUAAUAGGCACCAAGUCCGUUGCUUCACCAAGCUAUUGCAGCGGAUUAGACGGGAGCGAUGUAUCGAGUGGAACGUCCCGAGCUAUUGGGAGCUCCAAACAAGGCACUGAAAUUAUCGCUCUGUACGGGCCUGGCGGAGUAGGAAAAUCGACCUUGUUUAACGCGGUACAGAACGUCGCCAGACAAAAUGGCUACGUCGCCAAUACCAAGUUUGAUGCUCGACAUAAAGGUCCUUACGGGUGCAUUCUGCGCUCUCUGUCUCAAAUUUUACAGCAAGUCUUGUCCGAAUCCGAGGAGGAUAUCAAGCAAUUUUACGACCAUCUUAAAAACCAUCUCGGCAGCGGCCAAUUUUACAACGUCGAAUUAUUGGCGGAUCUCGUACCGGAAUUGAAACCACUGCUUGAACCACGAGCAGCCAACAGUGAGCCCCUGGAAGCGAUUCACCUCGACAAUGUCGAAACACGCGUACGUUUCCACAAUCUUUUCAUCGAAGUGUUCCGUGCACUGUCCCAUUGGCGGAUGGUUACCUUGUUUUUGGAUGAUGCGCAUGAAGCGGAUGAAUCGUCUUUGGAAUUGCUAAAGUCUCUUGUGAGCUCGAGAAUCAAAAUCUUGCUUUUGGUCUCGUAUCGUGAUCAAGAGGUGACGCCCAAAUUGACGGAAAUACUCGAAAGCGAUUCCGCCAUCAUUCACUUCAUGAAAAUUGAAGCGUUGAGUUUCGAUUCUCUGGUAGAAUACAUCGGCGACGCCUUACAUCGACCCCGCGAAGUGUGUCAUGAUGCCGUGCUUCCGCUGGCCGAAAUUGUAUACAAGAAAACCCGCGGCAAUGCAUUUUACAUUUCGCAACUGAUCACGGCGUUGGAAAAGAAGAAAUUGAUUUUCUUCAAUUGGGAAGCCAACGAAUGGGACUACAAUAUCAGUGAAGUGCAGCAAGAAGUCAUUGCCGAUAGUGACUCUGAAAAAGAAGCCGAACUCGAUAUCAGCUUUCUCGUAGACCGGUUACGCGAAUUACCUAUGGACGGUCAACGCCUUUUGAAAUGGGCGUCGUUUGUCGGCAACACGUUUUCAUGGAAUACUGUCAAAAGUCUCAUGCUUCAAUCGGAUCCGGAAUCCGAAGCUUCCGACGCCGACACCGCCUCGGAUAACACGGCCAAAAGCGACAGUAUCGUGGUGGAGUCGCUGCAUCCCUUGAUAAAGUUCACCCACUCGGUAGGCGGCAACCGACCCAAUAAAAAGAGAAUGAGUACCGCACGCAACCGGGAUCCCAUCAGCGGUCUUCAAGCCGCUUUACAAGAAGGCUACAUUUUGCCUCUUGACAGCGAUGAAUUCAAGUGGACUCACGAUCGAUAUUCGCAAGCCGCCAUGGAACUGGCCAACCCCAAAAUGCGAGCCAAAAUUCAUCUGAAAAUCGCUCGCCAUCUCAUCCAAGAUGCUGAACCCGAUAUUUUUGCGGUGUCGGAUCAUUUGCUCAACUGCUUAGAUCUCGUGAUCGCAGAUAAUGAUGUGGAGCAAAAGAUGAAGUAUCGAAGUAUCCUGAUCGAUUCUGGUAAUCGAGCACGAUCCUCGGGAGCGCACAACAUGGCUUUAAAAUAUUAUCUCGGUGCUAUUCAACUCCUGUGUCCGAAUGCCUGGGAAACUGACGAUUAUACCACUGUACACCAUUUAUAUACUAAUACGGCAUCGUUGAGCUGGAUUGUCGCCGACUAUGAACAGACAGAAAGCAUGCUGCAGGAAAUUUUUGACCAUGGCAAAACCGCUAUGGAUCGUAUCGUGGCUUAUCGAAUCAAAUCCAAAUACUACUUUUCGCGACAGAUGCAUGAGGAAGGACGGCUGGCUCUGUACGACUGCCUGCGCGAACUUGGUAUUGAACAUUUCCAUUACGAGGCCACGCGUGAAAAUCUGUACGAGGAGUUCUUUUUGGUCAAGAAGAUGAUUGAGGACCGAGGCAUGGACAGUCUGCCCGCCAUACCACUCUGUCAAGACGAUCGUCUCAAAGCCAUCAUGGGCGUCGUGGAAGAAUUAUGUACUCUCGCCUACUGGGUAGGCAACCAAACAGAAGUGUUCUAUUUGGCAUGCAAAACGGUUCGCUUUUCGCUCGAGUCAGGGAUGGCCGCCGUGUCCGGCAUUGGUCUUGUUUUCAUGGGAUUGGCCGCCGUCGAGUUUUACAAACUAUACGGCUUUGCCGAGGAAUUGGGUGCAGCAGGUGUGGCUGUGAGUGAUCGAUUUGGCACGAACAACGAAAAAGGACGAGCGUUUUUCCUUUAUGCGAAUUUCCUGUUGCAGUGGAAAUACCAUUACAAGGAAGCCAUGCAGUGGUAUCGUUCUGGAUUACGUCUGUCUCUUGCCGCGGGUGAUCGUAUUUAUGCAUCAUUUUCACAUCUUCACAUCGCCACCACGGCAUUUUAUACGGGCGAAAACCUUUCAAUGACGCUUCACGAAGCGGAAGCCUGCUACGACGAAAUUCAUUCAUGGUCUACUUCUCUCGACACCAAUAUUCUCAUCAUGUCGGUUAUUCGAACUAUCAAGGCACUGCAGGGCCAUACUUAUACCAAUGAUCCGAAUGAAAUCUUUAACGGUGACGAUGGAUUCAACGAUGCUCACUUUGUCUCCGAAAGUUGCAGACAAAGCGCCAAUCCUGAUGUUCCCAUCAACUGGUACGAUUCUUUCCGCUUACUACCGUUGGUACUGUAUGGCCAUUAUAACUACGCCGUAGCGGUGGGGUACAUGUGCAUUAAAGGCUACCAUAACCAUCCGUGUCAUCGUCACACCCGUCUGAUGCUGUCCCUGCUCUCGCUCGCAAUUCUGGAGAAACUGCGCGUCGAAGACUUGGACAAGGAAGAAUACGACAUGUUUAUGGAACGAGUGCAGAUGAAUCAAAAUCAGCUUGGCGAUUGGGCCGAUCACAGUUCGAUCAAUUACCGGAUGUGGUGGACUCUGGUUGAAGCCGAGAUCUCCUCCCUUGGCACCAAUAUCGCCAAAACAUGUCAACUCUUUGAAGAUGCCAUCAAUCAAUGUCGCGAAGGAGGCUGGAGUCUCGAUCUAUGCAUUGCCCAUGAAUACGCUGGCAAUUUUUACGUCCGCGCCGGCAUGCGAAAUGUAGCUUACAAUCUUGUGAGAAAGGCGAUUGAUCUGUAUAUGAAGCAUGGAUCGUAUGGAAAAGCGCGUCAUCUGGGUGUGAAGCAUGCUCAGUUACUCAGUGAUCUCGAUGAUGAAAGAGAAGAAUCAAGAGAUGUUGGUAUCCAGACCGAUCCCUUCCCCUUCUUAGACGCUCAAGGUGCCUGGAGUACGUCGUCACUCGGCAAUAUAAAUAUUGUCAAUGAACCUUAUGCCUCCGAGACGAUUCCCCCCGUGACCACCGAGCAAACCCUCAUGACUUUGGAUAUCUUGGAUAUGGCUUCCAUUUUAAAGAGUUCUCAAGUCAUGUCUUCAGAAGUCAAAUUUGACGGUCUGUUAAAGUCAAUGAUCAAUAUUAUCUUGGAGAAUUCCGGAGCCGACUGCGGUGCUAUUAUUGUGAAAGAAGAGAAAUACGGCAUGUGUGCUUAUGGCAGUCAGCAAGAGGGAUCUAUGACAUUUGAUCCUCCACGACCUUUGAAAGACGAUGAUGAUCUGAUCUCGAGCCGUAUUGUACACCAUACCAUUCACACCGUGGAAUCCAUCUUUGUACAAAACGUGGAACAAGAUGCGCGAUUUGCUGUGGGACCUUGGUUCGAACGGGCAGGAAACAAAUCGGUUAUUUGUAUGCCCAUUAUUCACAAGAGUGCAUUAGCCGGUUGCCUGUUCUUGGAAGGUUCAUGCGGCAUUUUCACUCAACGCCAUAUUACCGUUCUCAGCCUUUUGUGUCAGCAAAUGGGUAUCUCCAUCACCAACGCUUUCCUUUUCAAAUCUGUUCAACGCGUCACCAUGGCCAACAUGAGAAUGAUUGAAAUGCAAAAGCAAGCGUUGGAAGAUGCUCGCAAGAGCAAAGAAGCUGCGGUGCGUGCCACUCGUCUUCGCGAGAUUUUCUUGGCCAAUAUGAGUCACGAAAUUCGAACACCUUUCUCUGGUUUUUACGGCAUGAUCUCAUUGUUGGCUGAAACAAGACUGGAUCCCGAACAGAGCGAUCUGGUGAAAACGGCCAAAGAGUCGUGUGAAAUGUUACUGCAGAUCAUUGAUGAUUUAUUGAAUUUCUCCAAGCUUCAAGCGGGCAAGGUCGCGUUGGAUUUGUCACCGGUGGCUCUGGAAGACAUUAUCGCCGAUGUAGUAGAAAUGCUGACGGCGAUGGCAGUACAAAAGAAUAUCAACAUUACCUUUACCGUAGCCCACGAUGUGCCGCCCAUUGUUAUGGCCGACGACAACCGUUUACGACAGGUGAUUAUCAAUCUGCUGGGCAAUGCUAUCAAAUUCACCCAUGAAGGUGAAAUCAGCAUCCGCUGUUUCGUCGCGGAGCAGCAAGGUUCAACCAAGGAUACGGACGGUCUUGUACUACGAUUCGAAGUCAUGGAUACCGGUAUUGGUAUCAGUGAUGAGCAACGCAAAGUGCUGUUUGUUCCCUUUUCGCAGGUCGAUGGAAGUACCACGCGCAAAUAUGGUGGCACCGGUCUUGGCUUGAGCAUUUGUUUGCAACUGGUUCAGUUGAUGUCGGGUACGAUUGAUGUGGCGAGUGUGCCUGGCAAGGGAUCGAAUUUCUUCUUUACGGCCAAGGUGGGCAAGGUUCCCAAGAAUGUCGAUUGCCGAGACAAGGUGAAUAAGCAACGUGAAAUGCAAAGCAUGCACGAUGCUUUGAGCAAUAUCAAGGUCUUGGUGGCGGCUCGUUACGCUUCGACCAUUGGUAUGGUGCGUCAUAUUUUGGACGGAAUUCACGUGGAUGGCGUGCGCAAAGCCGAGGAAUUACCUCAGAAUCUAGCCGCGGUGCCUUACGAUGUGAUUAUCCUGGGCCUGUUCCUGGGCAAGGAAUUCGAAGAUCCUUCGUGGGUGGAAAAGCUGACGUUCAAAAAGGAAGAUACGGUCAUGAUCAUCAUGCAUUAUCCGAGCGGCGUUCAAUUCCAGCGCAACCAUUGGAUCGAGCCUGUUGAUGUCAGUGUUGGCAAAGCCAAGGUGAUCCGUAUGGCGGUGCCGUUGCGUCGUGGUAAACUCUUGCGUGCCAUUACCGAUUCCAUGGCUCGCUCUACUCCGAGGCCGAAAAAGGCGGUUCAAUCCAAAGCAAACGAACUCAUCUCGGAAGAAGAACGCGCCUACUUUAGCACGUUGCAUAUUCUCAUCGCCGAAGAUAAUCCUGUGGCUCAGAAACUUUUGCUGAAACAGCUGACACGACUGGGAUUCCAGGUGGAGUGCGCCAAUAACGGACAGGAAGCCGUUGAAGCGUGGCUCAAACAUCCAGUGGGUUACUUUACCAUGGCAUUUUUUGAUCAUCACAUGCCUGUAUGCGAUGGUGUGGAAGCGACCAAACGUAUUCGCCAAAUCGAAAAGGAUGAAAACCGCACCAGUCGAUUUGCCAUUGUCGCGUUAACGGCCGACGUUCAGGAAAGCGCUCGCAAAGUGUGUAUGAAAGCGGGCAUGGACGGUUACCUCACCAAACCUUUGAAUCAGAAAGUAUUAGCGGAAGCGCUACGGAAAUACUGCCACAAACCAAUGGGUGCUUCUUCAUCAAAUUCUUCAUAAUUGUAAUUUUUUCCCCUUUCUUUCUUUUACCGAACCACCCUUCUUUCCUCCUUUGCUUUUUUUAUAAUUAUGUGCAUUUUGUAUUAUUACUUGCAAAUUUUUGGUUAUUCAUUUUCACGUACAUUUCAGGUACAUUUUCACGUCAUUUCAUACAUUGUAUUUAUUUACGCCUUGCGCAUGAAUCGGUGAAUGUAAAAAACGAAAAGACACAUUAUAUAAAUAAUCACCAUGUCUUGUAGACAAGAGGAAUACAAUAAAAUCAUAUCGGACAGGUCACCGAAUACAUUUA